UUAGUGUGGAGAGUUGUAAGCCUUCGUACCGAGAAGAAUCGAGGUAGGGAAGGUCGAGAGAGAGAAGAGAGAAGGAUGUCUGGAGCAAGCAGAUUGCUGAGAACCACUAGAGCUCUUCGGUCGGAUCGUCUUCCUUCUUCCAGCUCUUGCUCUCGUCUUCUGCCUCCGAGAUUUGCAUGGAGGGGAGGAGAGAAGGAGCGCUUGGCAGGCUGCCAAGGGAGGAAGAAGGUGGCGGCGGCGUCCGACGCCACCGUCGUCUUGCCCGACACAAAGCAGAAGCCUUCGUCUGCAGAAGGAAUGGAGAUCGCACAUCUCUCCACCCUGAUAACCGAACUGGCCGACGCGGCCCGCCGACUCCUGGACCCAUCGAAACGGGCAGUCUGGGUGAAGAACUGGAGAACUGUUGCGGAGAUCCUAAUCGAAAAGGGUGUCACCGGUUGCCGAUCCUUCACACUGAUCGCGGUUGCAGGAUCUCUCAUAGGCUCAAUCUUGUGCUUCGUCGAGGGUUGCUUCUUUGUUCUGGAAUCAUAUUGCCAAUAUUUCCAGCCAGGCAUGGAUCAAGGUGGAAUCAUACGGUCACUUGUGGAAGCCAUAGAUAUGUUCCUCGUGGGGACUGCUCUGCUUACUUUCGGAAUAAGCUUGUACGUCAUGUUUGCAAGCUCGGAAGAGAUGAAGCAGAAAAGAGGGUGGCAAACAGCUAAAUCCUGCUUUGGAUCAUUCAAUCUCAAGAAGCUUGCUGAUAGCAUGGAGAUGCAGUCGAUGUCGCAUGCGAAAUCCAGACUCGGGCAUGCAGUUCUCCUGAUUCUUCAAACAGGAGUGGUGGACAAGUUCAAGAACGUUCGACUGGCGAGUGGGAUGGACUUGGCUUGUUUUGCCGCAGCGGUGUUUGUGUCCUCAGCUUGCGUUUUCCUCCUCUCCAAGCUCUCGAUGCAGCACAGCAAAACUGAACAGGAUAUAAGCUGCCAUGUCUCCGAUGCCGGCAAAGGAAUGAUCCGAAGAACAUGAUUUCAGCAACAAUUUGUUGGAGCAAAUUUUCCAGCCUGAUUCUUUUUCGAGUCUCUCUUCUUAUUCAAGAAAAAGAUGGACUUCGUAGUUCAUCAUUCAUUUCUGUUGUAGGAGGAAACAAAGAACAUAUUCGUAGAAACUUGCUGAUGAUAAAGCAAUUUCUUGUAAGAGUAUCAAAGCAACAAUUACAAAGGAAUACCCAAAAAACAUACUUAUUUUGUUCUUUUAA